AUCUUCUCGACUUAGCCUCAUGCCUCCCAAUUUCAUCGGCAACAACCAACAUCGGCAGUGCCUAUGUCUCCUCGAUGGUAGCUGCAGGAUACCGAGAGCUACUGAAUAGAAGAAAGAGAGAAAAGGCAAAGAGGAAGAGAUCGACGGAGUAUGGCUGAACUCAUAUCGACCGAGGAGCCGUCCAUGGACCUCCCCGUCAUCGACCUCGACGUCUAUCGUGCCGGCCCGAUCGAUAACGCCGCGGUGCGGGAAGAGUGCGCGCGGGCUUCAAAGGCGUUGAUAGCCUACGGUGCGCUGGUGUUGCACGACUCGCGCGUGUCCGAGGCCGAUAACGAGACCUUCCUCGACCUGCUCGAGGACUACUUCGGUCAGCCCACCGAUGCCCUACGGCGCGACGAGCGCCCCGAGCUCGGCUACCAGGUCGGCGUGACGCUCGAGAACACGGAGAAGCCCAAGUGCGCCGUCGACGAGCCGUGCCUGCGCAUCAUCGAGAGGCUCGCUCCCGAGGAGCGGCCUCUCGACAUCUCUGCUCACAGCCCCGACCCCAAGUGUCGCUUCUUCUGGCGUAUGGGCGAGCCCGCUCCCUACGCCACUCGAUUUCCCGCCCUCAACGCCGAGAAUGUCGUCCCCGAGGCCCCCGAGAUCCGAAGGCGGUGGGCCCCCGUCAUGGAGACGUGGGGAAAGAGCAUGAAGAGCGCUGUCGCGGGACUCGCUGAGAUGGCUGCAGUCGGCAUGGGACUUCCUGCCGAGACCUUCACUGAUGCCGGGCGAUACGGCCCGCACCUCCUCGCCCCCACAGCGUCCGACCUCGAGAAGUACGGCGCUAAGGACACCAUCCUAGCAGGCUUCCACACAGACCUGAACUUCCUCACCAUCCACGGGCGUUCGCGGUACCCGGGUCUACACAUCUGGGCGCGCAACACCGGCCGUCGUAUCGCCGUCAAGAUUCCACCCCCACCUGCUUCCGGGGACGGCAGCUACCUGCUGGUACAGGCGGGUAAGCAGUUCGAGCACUUGACGGGCGGCCUCGUCAAGGCUGGGUACCACGAGGUCGUAGUCAGCGAUGCGACGAUUACCGCGGCCGCGGCCCGGCGCCGCGAUGCGCCACGGCGGCCCUUGGUCCGCAUCAGCAGCACCUUCUUCUGGCAUCUCAGCAGCGACUACGAUCUGGCACCGAUACCAGAGCUUGCAGCGCGGGCGCGGGAUCUACGCGCCGCGCGGUCCGGGGUCGGCCGGGACGAAGGUGAUGACUUCGAGUACCCCCCCAUGAAAGUCGGCGAGCAGGUGCAGAGCGAACUCAAGCACAUCGCGCUUCUGGCAUGACGCUUGGUAUGACCUGGGACAGAACGUUAGAUGCAUUUAUGGCGAAGACUUAUGUGAGCGAGAGUAACUUGCGGGAAGUAGAAUCCAGGCCGUAGGCGGAUAGCGUAGUCUUCCCGAUCAUGAUCUGUCCCGUCCUAAGAACUGAUCUAGAUAUGCAACGGGUCAAUACAACCUGGACUAGUCACACUCUCACACCGCACACAGUAUCGCGCGUUGUUGCGCACGUGUAAAAUAGAGACCAAGUGGAUGCCAUGCUACGCGCUACGAUCCGAUUUCUAGGGGCGCAAGGCGUAGCUAUUAAGAAGAUCCCCGCCGCAACCCAGGCUU